AUGUCAAAUCAGUUCUUAAUACAGGCAGAAUCAAGAAAAAAAUCGGAUUUUGAUAUUAUUGACAAUCUAUCAGAAACCGGGAAAAUUGACUUCGAUAUACCACAAUGUAACCUCGCAAGAGCUAAUCAAGAUUUCAUAGCUGUUCCCGAAGCUGAGAGUGAAAGAGGUUUUUUUAAUCGUGCAAUCGGAGCAAUGAUGGCUUUAAUUUUGAUAUUUUACACUUCUCAUUCAACUUCAAAUGAGGAUAGUGAUGAUUCGGUGAAAGAUCCAGAUUUUCAAAUUGAGGAACGUCGUUCCAUUAAAAUCUCUGACGAUUCCGAAACUGAAGACAACGUUGGUAACCAAGCUAACUUCGAAGCUACACCUGCAGCUACAUCUUCAGUAUCAACAUUGUACUCAAGCCUAGAUGACACAAUACCAGACACGAAAAAACGAAGCAGAAAACGUGUAGCUAAACCAACUGAAUGGUUACAAAAUAAAUGUAAAAUCCUCAGAAAUGAAGGGUCUGCUUACGUAACACUAAAAACAAAGGUGAAGAAGGAUGCUAGAAAAAUUAAACCACCGUGUAGUGAACGCUGUCGGUUAAAGUGCAAAGAAAAAUUUUCAGAAGUAGAUAGAGAAGCUGUUUUUAAAGAGUUCUGGGAACUUAAAGAUAUUAACCGGAAAAGAGAUUUUAACAACAGGCAUAUGGCGCCAAUAAAGCGAAAAUAUAGAUACACUACUACUCAAAAGGGAGACAAUUAA